AUGUCUACUCAAACUGCUCCGGUCAUCCCACCUCGACCGGCCCGAUCUCCGCAACCGCCCGCCUCAAUAGACAUGCCGAAGAUCCCCCUGCGCCCGAACCGCCGCCUCGACCGGUCGGUCUCCCCAAUGCGAGACAGCUAUGCGCCAUCUCCAUUCAAUGAGUGGAAUGGACCGAGCAUGGCCCGCACCACGUCGAAUGAGCUCCCUCCACGCCCGCCGAGUGUCACGAUACCCUCCCUAGGUGAAGAGGGCAUUGAGUAUGCCGAUCUUGAUGUCGGAAACAUGGCGGACAGUCAUCACCAGGCGCCCGCAGAGACACGCAACGUUAGCACCGACCUCAAAAUCCAUGCACCUCGCCCAUCUUUGCCUACUUCAAGUGCCAAGGCAAGAGUCCAGGCGGUCACUCGCACUGAUUCCCGGCAGGCUGCGGCCGCGGGAGUAGGCCGUGAAAGCUCGAAUUCUCCAGCACUGGAUGAGCAAGAUCGUCCUCGCCGCAUGUCAAACUCCCGAGGAGGUGGCUCACGGGCCGAGUCUAAUGCCUCCUCGGACCGCCGACUUUCUGCACAGCUCGGAGAAGAGCACGGCUUCCGAGUUCCCAUGUACCCGCAUGCCGGCGAGGUCCAGGCGCCUUCUCCCAGCCCUUAUCUUGACCAGGGCUCACAGCGACAAGGCCGGAACCACCACCGCAGCCGUAGUGCCCGGGACUCUUCUCUACCCCCGGGCAGUUACGGUCUGCAUGGACACGGCGUCCAGCACGCCGAUAAGUUCGAGAAGGCCUGGUACGAUAAGCAUCCAGAUGAACUUGCCAAGGAAGAGGGCCAGUAUGGCCCUGGUGUGGGCAGUCCUCGACCCGAUUGGGCUCUCAGUAGCGACGAUCUGAACAAGAUCGUUCGUGGUCCCAGCCGUAGUGGCUCAGGGAUUGGUAAGAAUAUUCGCUGUAAUCAUGCCUCGAAGGAACAGAAUACUGACUUCUUGUCUCCUCUAGGCACAUCUCCCGUGGUUACAGGUACUCCGGAAGAAGAAGUGGGAUAUCUUGCCUCGGAUGAAUACAUGCAUCGCAUGGCAUCUCCGCCUCCCGAUGCCCGCCACGAGUCUCAGCCAGCUGUGGAAUCUCCGCUUCGCCAGAUGAGCUUCCCAGCAUCCGAGAUUGAGCCCAAAGUUCCAGCGUCCCCGUUGCGCCAUGAUCGGAGCAGUUCUCAUGGACACCGUGCGGACGGCGAGGUGAUUCACGUCGAUGACCCAAUGCACCAUCUUCACCACCCAGAUGGAUUUGCUCCGACCCCGGCACCCUAUGAGCACACGCCUGAUGUACAACAGCCAUCGGAAGAGGAGGAGCCUAUUCUGGCUGCUGAUGAAGUGCGCCCCGAGUCCGCCUAUCUGCACCCCGCAGUUUCACCCACAUUCGAGCACCGAGGAAGCUUUGACGAGGAGCGCAGCCGCACCCCAAGCGUCUCCCAUAGCCGCUCUAACAGUAGAUCUGCAAGUUCUCAAGGUGCUCCUAUGCUCACUCGCUAUGAUUCUCGUGAGCAGCACGAUGAUCUGUCCACUCCUUUGGAGGACGUGGAAGAAUAUGAGCCUCUUUUCCCCGAGGAGGGUGAUUCGAAGAAGCCACGCUCCCUUUCGGCUAAUGAGCGUUUCAAGAAGCGCCCGGAUAUGCUCAAGCACAGAUUCCCCAGUGAAGAUCUCUGGGAAGAUUCUCCCAACAGUCUGCAGCUUCAAGCCACAGUGACAACCCCCGAUAUCCCCAAGCGAGAUUCCGCUGAACUCUUUGAGACCCCGGAACAAGAGGCUGUGCGAAGAGCUCAGGCUUCUAAGGUCGACUCGCAUCAAGUUGCGCGUCAUAUUCUCCAAGGGGAGGGUGCACGUGAUACGGCCAAGGUCCCUGCUCGGCCCGAUACUAUCAAACAACGGUUUCCUAGCCAGGACAUCUGGGAGGAUGCUCCUGAUAGUCAGCAGCUGGUGACGACUGUCGAGCCGGCUAAUGACGAAGUCAAAAGCCCCGAAGUGCCUUCGAAACCUUCGAUUCCCCCGCGUCCGCAGAAGCAAGCACAGGCAACGUCGCCCACCGACAAGCGUCAAGCGCCUGUCAUCCCGGACCGCCCGAAGCCUCAGAUCCCAGCUCGCUCCGCUAAGCCUGGCUCACAGGCCCCAGCUGAGGGUGCUGCCGCACCCAAGGCAAAGCCUGCCAUUCCCGCUCGCCCUGCUGGUAGCAAGAUUGCGGCUCUCAAAGCCGGAUUCCUAACAGACCUGAACUCACGCCUUCAGUUGGGUCCUCAACAACCCAAGCCCCAGGAGAAGGAACCUGAACCACCCGCAGAGAAGCAGCCGCUUAGCGAUGCUCGUAAAGGAAGAGCCCGUGGCCCGGCCCGACGAAAGCCUGCUGCGGAGAACGCCAACGCCAGAUUGCCCACAAUCCCAGAGAUCAAGAUCACUGAGACAUGGAAUGUGUGGUCGGUUGGUGAGGACGGUAACCUGACCGUGGGUAGCGAAGACAUCAAGCCUUCUGUUGCGGCCCCUGAGUCUUCCAUACCAUCUGAGCCUCCAAUGGCGCCUGCCCUCGCCAAGAAUACUGCUGGAGAAUCAGUCGACCCCACUGUACAAAGUAAACCUGAAGCCUCGGAGGUGGUCCCUCCUAGCACCGUUGCAGCUCCAGAAGCAGAACCAGCCAAGCCUCACGUUUCAACAGACGUCCCAACAACGAGCGAAGACUCUUCAGCGGCUGCUGAGCCCACUCCCAAACAAGAAGAGCCCGAACCAACUGCAGCAGCGGGCGCUCAACCCCUCGCGGGCCAUGUUUCAACAUCAACCAAAACGGACGACGCUCUCGAGGACAUGGCCGCCUCAGCCGACGGCAAGAAGACUUCUGAUGGUGAAGUCCAUCCCACAGAGUCUUCUGCUUAA